AUGCCCUCGCUCGCCCAGGUUCGCGCCGCUAAUGCGGCGUACAAGCCCGCCUACGUCCCGGUCGCGCUCUUCGUGGGUGGCACCUCCGGCGUCGGGCAGGCCUGCGCGAAGGCCUUCGCGUGCGUCACGAACGGCAACGCGCACAUCAUCGUCUGUGGGCGCAACCGCGCCGCGGGCGAAGCGACCAUCGCUUCCUUCCCGAAACCGUCUACGACGUCAGGAGAGCAGAAAUGGAAGCACGAGUUCGUCGAGUGCGACGCGUCGCUGAUGAGGAACGUCCACCGGACGACGUCGGACCUGCUCGCGCGCCUGGACAGGCUCAACUUCCUCUCGGUCUCGCCCGGGAUCUUCUCUGUGAACGGCCGCACGGAGACGGAGGAGGGGUUGGAUCGCAAGCUGGCGGUGCAUUACUACGCGCGCUGGAAGUUCAUUCACGACUUGAUGCCCCUCCUGCGCAAGGCGAAGGAACGGGGCGAGGACGCGGGCGUCUUGACGAUCCUCGGCGCCGGCUCGGGCGGGCCGAUCGACCUCAACGACCUAGGGUUGAAGAAGAACUACACGCUGAGUAACGCGGCAAAGAGCUCGAUCACGUACAACGACCUCAUGGUCGAGUCCUUCCACGAGCAGAACCCCGACAUUGGGUUCACCCACCAAAAUCCCGGCGGGGUCAACACCAAUAUCUUGAGGCACUCCGACAUCCCCGGCAAGUCGAUCUUGCAGGCCCUCUUUUAUCCCCUCUCAGCUGCGCUCACGCGCUCACCCGAGGAGGCCGGACACUUCCUCCUCUAUGCGCUGCUGCAAGGCGCGCAGAAGGGCGGUGUGUACCGGCGCAAUCCGGAUAGCGUGGACAUCGGGAAGGAUAAGUACUUCGGGAGCGAGGAGGCGAGGAAGAAGUUGUGGGAGCACACGGUCGAGGCGACGAAGGUGGCAUAG